UGCUUCUGAUGCGCCGCGGCGGGCGCCGCGCAGCCCGGGGGCCCGGCUCCACGAGGAUGUGGCUCCUCUUCGGCGCGGCAACUUUCUGGGGCUUGGUCCUGGCGCCAGGAUUUGGUCUGCAAAUACAGUGUUACCAGUGUGAAGAAUUCCAGCUAAAUAAUGACUGCUCUGCUCCAGAGUUCAUUGUGAACUGCACAGUGAAUGUUCAAGACAUGUGCCAGAAAGAAGUAAUGGAAAAAAGUUCUGGAAUCCUCUAUCGCAAGUCCUGCGCAUCCUCUGCAGCCUGUCUCAUAGCCUCUGCUGGAUACCAGUCUUUCUGUUCCCCAGGGAAAAUGAACUCUGUUUGUAUCAGCUGCUGCAAUACUCCACUCUGCAAUGGACCCCGGCCCAAGAAGAGGGGGAGUUCUGGCACAGUGCCCAAGGCAGGCAUAUUAACUACUGUUUUGCUCUUAAAAUUGGCUCUUUUAUUGUCAGUGCAUUGCUAA